AUGAGUUUUGUCCCUCCUCAGUCUGGACAGCAGCGUGCAACUCAGCGUGUGGCGACCCUGUGUGCCCAGCCGGGCGGGAUGCUCAGAGGUUGUAUGAGGGGAGGAGCGGCUGCAUCCAGGGUUGUUUGCUUGCGGGGAGGAGUCAGUGGUGUGACUGGAGGACAGCAGGAAUCACAUGCUCAGCUUGAUGUAUGUGGCAUUGCUCCACUGAACGCCAGGAUAGUUGGAGGUGAAGAUGCUCCAGCUGGAAGUUGGCCCUGGCAGGCUAGUCUGCAGAGAUUUGGCAGCAACGGACUAACUCUGCACAUACAUCAUUCUGCACAGUGAAGCUCAA